CCAUCCUCCUCCUGUCACAACCUCUCUCUCUCUCUCUCUCUCUCUCUCUCUCUCUCUCCCUUCACAUGUUUUGUGGGUUCCAAAUGAAGAAUCCUCAGAGAUCACCCACAAAUCCUGGUUCUGUGAGAUCUAGGUUCACCCAAGUCUUUCUUCAAUCCUUGCUCAGGAUAAGGAAGCACAGCCCCGCGUCGUCGUCGUCCUCCUCCUCUCUUGGGGAAUUCCUCAAACGAUGCCAUCGAGUCAAAGUCGCGGCCUACGUUUCCAUGGCUAGAGCAGCUGGGACGAGGAGAGCUUGGAGCCGUGCGAUGCUUUGGAGAGUCCGCCAUGAUGCGCACCGACACCGUCUUCUUCAAGGGAGAUGCUCGAGAUCUAGUUCUCGAGAAAGAUCUCCUGGUAAGAAGAAGAGGAGGACGAAGAAGAAGAAGAAGAGGAGGGAUGACCAAGAGCACGGUUUCGGGAAUGCAGAGAAGCUCCAAAAGCUUGUGCCGGGGGGCGAAGCGAUGGACUUUUCUUGUCUUUUGGACGAGACCGCUCAUUACAUCAAGUGUUUGGUCACUCAGGUAAAGGUGAUGAGAAGUAUUGCUGACUUUUAUUCCCUCUGAGUCUUACUCAAACUAUGGAGAGAAAAUUUACUGGUAAAAAAGACCAAGAGUGAGAUAAAUGCUACAUAUUGGGUGGUAACUGAAGGUAAGUGAAGGAAAGAAAAGGAAAACUUCCAAGGUGCAUGAUGACAAAAUAGAAGCUGGGAAAUAAAUGAACUGCUAUAUUGCAAUAUAUAUCUGUUACAGGUGAUAACUCACGUUUGUGCAAAGAAAACAGGUAUCUAGCAAAUGUCUGCAUAUGUAAAUAGUUUUCCAACAAUGGUCUGUAAUUCUCUGUAA